AAAGGCCGUGCACGAGAAAGGCGUCAACACGGGGAGAUUCUUGUUCGACGUAAAGUGUGGGCAGUAAAGGAUUUACUAUUGAUUUCUUAGAAAAAGUCUGAUUCAGAAGGCAAUGAGCGCAAAUGGAGGUGCGAUUCCACCGAAAAAGAGGAGAAGUGUUGCGAACGACGAAUCAAUUCAGAACAAGAGAUCCAAAGCUGCCGAUACAAGAAAUGAAUUUGAGAAUGUCAUUGCAAAAAUAAAAGUAGAAGAUAAAGAUGUGGCACUGAAAUCUGCAAAAAAGUUGAAGGCAAUGCUUCCAAAUGAAACAAAAAUUGGAAGUUUUGUAUCACAUAAAAAGAAUCUAGAGGAUUUAGUUUCGGUCUUUUCUAGAGAAACUAGCUUAUUGGGCACUUCUAUGUACCACGAGGAUCUUCAUAAAUCCGUUAUAAGUAUAUUGGCUAAUUGUUGUUGCAUGGACAAGACGACUUCGACAGGAAUGCAGAUUAAAAAAGCUCAACGAAGUUUUCUCGAUCAAGCUGUGCGAAUAUUCGAGAGUACAACUUCCAAUAUCGAAAUCCGUGUUUCAAUGUGCCGAUUAAUUGGGAACUUAUGCCACAACAAAGAACUUGUAACAAGUUGGCUCUCAAGCAAUACGAUAUUAUUUGAUAGAAUUGCUCUACUUCUGGAAUCAACAAAUGAUAACAUUGUGUAUCACUGCCUUCGAAUUUUCCUCUCACUUGCCAAUCAUUCGUUCACAAGGGUCAUCAUGCUCUCCAACGGAGGGUUUUAUCUUGGAAAACUGCUGGCGAAUGAGAAUCGAAGAGAGGAAGUUGUUCGAAUUCUUAAAGUAUUAUUGAAAAGACACAUGAAUGUAUUGGAUAGACAAUUAUCCAGCAGCGGCUGCAGCGAACAUGUCAUUGCGAUGUUCUUCGAGAAAAGUGAUAAAAACAGACAGUUUGUGAUUGAUUUGUUUUCCAAUUCAAUUUGCAUUAGAGAACAAAUGGAAACGGAAAGAUUCAUUGAACAAUUGCUCGAAUGCUCAAUUCCCGAGAAGAACCGUAUGAUAGCUGCAUUUUCCCAGACAGCAUGGGGCCGAGCGAGGCUGCGAACGAGCGGAGCACUUGAUGUGGUCAUUGAUGUAUUUUCAUCGUCUGAGCAUAUUGCGGAGAAGCUAGCCACUGUUGAAGCAUUCAGACAUUUUGUUCAUGACACUGCUGGAAUCAGAUAUCUUAGCGAGAAUCUGAAAUUCGUGAAUACAGUAGUCCGUGAUGUCAAUAACUACAUAAUGUCAAAUCGUUGCGAAUGUGAACCAUCUAUAGAUAUUGAAUUCGUGCAGAAAUUAAGUAGCAGUUCGAGGAAUCCCAUAUCAGAUGAAAAGAUAAAUACAAAUAUGAGAGAACCCAUUGAUCAACUUCACAAAGAUUUUUACUCAAUGUGGUCAUACGAUACUCCACAAACUUCCCCACGUAGAGCUCAAUCGGCAUCAUUAUCUCCACCCUACGGUGUACCAUCUCCGAGCUACAGCUUCCCAUCAUCAGUUGCAUCCAGUGCAUCAAGUUCUCCAGCGCCUCAAAGAUCAAGCGAAGGAAUACUGGAUGAUUUGAGUGAUGUUGAAUCGGAAAACGAAGAUGAUGAUAAGAAAGAAGAAGAGAAAGAGGAUGUGAAAAAGAAGAGACAGGAAAAAAGUAUUGUUGAAGGAGAACUAUGGCUGCUGACUUGGCUUUCACAAGAUGAUCAUAACUUACAAUUCCUAAUUCGCCCUGAUAUCGUUGAUUGUGUGGUAUCCUAUCUCCGAUCAACCAGGGAUCCCGAAUUUCGAACAUAUCGAAUUCUUCGACGAAUGUCUACACAUCGAACACAUAUCUACCAACUACUCGAUCUACAAUUUCAUGUUAGAAUUCUCACUGGCCUAUGUGCAUCUCCGUGUCGAAUGUUGAAAUAUGCGAAAUCAUGCAAACAAUGUGAUAAGUGUUCUGAGCACGGGAGAGAGAUCCUUCGAGAAUUUGCAAGCCACGUUGAUAACAGUUAUGGAGAUGCUCAUAUCAACUCUCAAUUCACAAAAGAAGAUUUUGUUCAUCGAACAAAAGGGGCUAUUGCAAAAAUUGUACUUGUGAAAGAACGAAUCCGACUCGCAAAAGUACCAGCUUUAUCAGAACUGUUCAAUGCACUGGCUCAUGUUAUGAGUUCUCCUGAGAAUUUUCGUGAAUUAGGAAAAAUGACAACCUAUGAGAAUGGUCCUUCAUUUGUUUCACAAAUAAUUGGUGCACUGUCAAUUCUCAUAAGUGGAAACAAGAUUAAAGAGCUCUGUGAGCACGAUAUGUGGUACUUUCCAGUUGAAGAAGGAAAUGGUGAAUGUGCUCUAGAAACUGCUUCAAGUGAUCAAGAAAUGCUUCACUUUAUGGAUGAAAAUGAUAAAGAGAUCGCAGUUGCUCCAAUGAAAAAUAUUUGUGAAAAUAGCCAUUAUUUCGAGGGUAUGUAUUCAUCAGAUUUCGUGGAAAAAACAGAGGGAAUUCGAACAUUUCAAGUGCACUCGGAAUCAUGUUUGCCUGAAGAAUUCCGUUUAUUUAUUCAUCUUUUAUCAACUUGUACAUCUUCAUGCACAACAGUAUCAUCAGCCGAACAAUGUGCAACACUUCUUGCGCUAUCCGAUCAAUUUCUUUGUCCCACAAUUUCAAAAAAACUUUGUGCAGAUGAUGGACCAUUGAGAACAUAUUUAAAUGGCAAUAGUCUACAUCUUCUACUUCCAGUUGCAUUGGCCACAAAUGCUCAUCCUACGCUUCUCGACACAGUUUUCCUCACACUCGUUCGAUUUUCAUCAUCAGAAAACGUAACAAAAGCGUUGGAAGCUAUAUGUGAAAAUUCUACAGUCGUGAAUACAUUUGUGGAAAGUUUGAAAACAUUCCUGACGACAAAAUGCUGAUGUCUCGAUCAAUUGUUGUUUUUUUCUUAAUUAUAUUUGUUCGGUUUUUCUUUCUCUUUACGGAUCAUAUCGCUGUUGAUUUACGAGUAGAUUCUUUUUUUUUUUUUUCAUUUUUUAAGCUCUUCAGAACAUAAAAUAACAGGUUCACUAUUU